CGUGCUCCUACUGACGGUGGCGAAAUUUGCUGAAGCCGAUCGGGCGCUCGCGUACAAUAUGAGGGGCAUCUCGCCGGACCAGAACGCCGAGGGCAGCAACUACGACAACUUCCACAUCACCUAUGACGAGUAUCCUAUGAUUGUGCCGAAGAGGGCCGCUCUGCUCCUGGACAGGCUCAUGGUGGCUCUUCACCACGCCAUGGAGAACGGGGGCGAAUUGGCGCCUGGUGAGCUGGAGAAGGACAAGGUCUCGAAGAUGAAUCCGCACCGGAAGAUAGUUCAGCAAUACUUGAUGCAGCACCGGCUACCCAAGGAGGCGGCUUCAGCUGAAGAUUCCCGGCUAUUGGACAAAUUGAAGGAUUACGACGUGGAUCUCAAUCCGGAGGAUUUGUCACGUGCUUCUAACGCUCCACGAGCCAGAUAAGAUUAAAAUUAGCUGAAGAAACACCCCUAAAUUUUUUUGUCACGACACAUCCAUAAAUACAUUUUGAGUGAAGACAGAGAGGGUGUCAAAAAUUAAGUCAGACAGCGCGACACGAUCUCUUAAUCCUUCCCUUCUGCUUCACAUAUAACAUUUU